AAUUAAGUCUGAUUUUGUAAUAAUCUUGGACUAGAAUCCUAGAUCUGUAUCAUCUUUUAUUUAUAGCGAAAUUUAUCCAUAGUUCCAGUAGUAGGUAACAAAUUGUGUUUUAUCUGAUUUAUUUGUUAUGCCUUUAGACAUUCAUACAUGGGGUAGCUGUCCAAAAGAGUAUUGCCUUCCCAAGGCUAUUUACAAGUUGAAAUGAUAGCCAUUGAAGGGGCACUACUAUCUGGCUACUUCUCGGGUGUCUAUGAAUAGAAGUUGUGUAUGAUUCAACUAGUAGUAAUAUGAGCUUUCAAAAAAACACAUCGUAUCCCUUCAGUGAAUUCAGGUGAAUAAAUAAACACGUAUGACAAACUUGGUUAAUAAAGUAUGAAAUUUGAUAUAAAACAUCACUAGACCUUAUGAUUUACCAUUUAAAAUUUUGGGAGCCAUGCUUUACUGAGCACUAUAACCAAGUUAGCGCUAUAUUGAAGAGCGCAAUAGCGAGGGAACACUGUACAGGAUAUUUACCAUCCCCAAACACUGGUGUGAUAACCUCUACAGAUAGUGGAUUGCAGUGUAUGAAGAGACUAAGCUGCAAAUAUCCAGGCAGUAGCAAUGAUAUUCAGUAGAAUACAGUUGGGAUCAAAACAUGAGAUAAUCUGUAUUUUAACAUGACUGUAGGAAAUAUUGGAUGUUAGAAGCAGCUUUCUACUGAUCACUGGCUCUACAUUAUCGUCAAGUCACACAAGUUCGAUCGACAUGUAACUUCGAUCGGCCAUUUUGAAUGAUGUUUCUCGCGAAAUGUAACGAGAAAUUACGGUACCUGCAGCUUUGAUCUUCUGACAACACCGCUUUCGUUCGCUUGGACCGGAAAAUGCUUCGUGUCAAGUUACCAAACGUUUUGACCAAUGGUGAACCAACCAGAAGAGGUCAAUAUAGGCAAUAUUUGUCUGCAGCCCUAGACAAGGCAUAUAAUGCUGUUUUAGAUGGAAUGGCAAUUAGGAAAGCUGCCACUACCUUUGCUGUUCCAUUUGCUACACUGCAUGACAGGAUGAGUGGGAAGGUUUCUAUUGAAUGUAGUACCACUGGUAGAGAACCACUAUUGUCCAUGGAAGAAGAACAGGGACUUGUUUCACAUAUUGAAGCCAUGGCAAAUUUUGGGUAUGGCUAUACAAGGGCUGAAGUUACUACUAUUGCCACAGACCUAGCAAUAUAUGUUGGAAAGAAGUCAAAGGAUGAACAACCCCUAUCACUUCAGUGGUUCUAUGGGUUUAUGAAGCGAUGGCCUGAUCUGUCAGUGAAGAAGCCACGAUCCCUUGAGAUACAGAGAGCAAAAGCUACCUCAAAGGAGACGAUCACUCAUUAUUUUAAUGAGCUUGGGCACAUCAUGGAUAAGUACAACCUGAAGACAUGCCCUCAUCGCAUUUAUAAUGUUGAUGAAAAGGGACUUAUGGAGCAUCAUACCCCACCAUCAGUUGUUACAUCGAGUCAGAGUACUGCAGCUGCAGUCACAACAUCAAGAUCAAGUACUACAACGGUAAUAGGUUGCGGCAAUGCGUCUGGUAGUUCUAUACCACCGUAUUUUGUAUUCAAGGGCAAGAGGAUGCGGGAAGAACUCCUUUCAGGAAGUACCCCUGGAGCAGCAGGCACUGUAAGCGACUCUGGCUGGUCAAACACCGAGAUUUUUCAGCACUAUCUGACAGAGCAUUUCCUGAAGCAUGCUGUCGCCGCGUCUGCAGAUAGUCCACUUCUUAUUGUGUAUGAUGGUCAUAGAUCCCACGUAUCUAUUCCACUCAUCGAAUGGGCACGUCAACAUCACAUUAUUUUGUUUGUACUGCCUGCACACACGUCCCAUGUUUUACAGCCAAUGGAUGUUGGUUGCUUUGGACCUUUGGCUAAAAUUUACAACAACCUCCGUCAUACGUAUAUGCAGGAAAAUGCCACAAGUUCAGUUGAUAAACAUUCUGUUUGUGAACUUGGCUGUAGAGCUUAUAACCUGUCGCUGACACCAACAAAUCUGCAAUCCUCUUUCAGGAAAUGUGGAGUCUAUCCAUUUGACAAGUCUUCCACCGCCAAUAUCAACUUUGCACCAUCAACAGUUUUUAAGUCGACUGAACCUUUGCUGCAUCCUGAUACUGGUGUUAUUGAUUCAUGUGUGCCAGUUGGAGACAAGGUUGUCACUUCACCUACUGAGGGCAAUGAUUUAGCAGGAUUCUUUAAAGACAAGACGACUGUACUUUUCAAGAAAGCUGUGCCUACUAAAAAGGGAAACGUUCUGAGCGCUGUUGUCGGGGGCAAGGCCAUCACCGAAGACGUCAUUCUGAAUAAAAUUAUUUCCCACCAGACUGUGAAAUCGGCACCCAAAAAAAGAAAGCAAGCACCUAAACCAAGUAAAUCUUUAAAAAAAAAAAAUACUGUCACUGCAACGAAUGCAAGUACUGGAACUUCACGGUCCAACGCGCAUCAGGACGAUAGUUUUGAUAUUGAUGUGACAAGUGAUGACGAACUGUGCUGCAAAUGUAGCAAAUUUGUACCUGAUGAGGUUCGAGCUAAUGUCUCCCUGAUCAUAACAACCUGGGCACAAUGUACCCACCCUACAUGUCAGCACUGGACACAUUUACGUUUCUGCACGCCUUUUCGUGUUGUGCGUCGACAUUCUGAGUUUUGGUGCCCCUGUCACGAUGAGCCUGAAGAAUAACUCCCUGCAUCAACCUUGUAAAUAAUCUGGAUAUUUGUGACUUUUCAUCGGUUUUUUUUCAAUAUUAAAACUUAAAUGAACGUUUGAUGGACAAAGAUGUAAUAAAACAACUGCGGACUGUUCUAAUUCGAAUUUUGACACAAGAGAUCGUCCAUACAUGUCAUCCCGGUUAUGCGACAAGCCAACCAAUCAAAUGAUCGAACUUGUGUGACGUAGCUUUCUGGGUCACUUCUGUUGACAGUGAGAGGGCGGCCAUGCCGCGAGUGUAAAUUUCAAUGGAAAUACGUGGAUUUGGGAAAUGUUUGUCAUAAAUAAACAAGUUCACAGGUAAGAUAUUUGAAAAAAAGAUUAUAUAAAUGUUACUAUGAAUAUUCAGCGACUUUUCGUAAGUGAUCGAACUUCCAUGACACGAGGAUACAUUUUCUAAACCAUGCUCUAUCCAGGGCUACCUGUUUAUGUGGGGCUCUUGAUGGCAAGAACAAGGUACAGGUAUCUUAUUCAUGUACAGUUUAAAUGCUUUCACCAAUCUUCCCAUGGCAAGUGUGUCCGCUAGCCUAUAUCAAAGCCUAGUUUCUACACUUGGCUCGACCCUGGCGCCACCUUGUGUAGAUCACGAGUUGUGCCCCUUGUAAUGAAAACGCGAUAUCCAAUCAGAUCGCUGUUCUUAUCUCAUAUAGCUUCACAAAGAUGGCGACUACUACAGGCGACGACCUUGUCAAUCAGAUAACGAAAACAUUUCCGAUUUCAUCCCUGACACAAAAAUAUAGCCAAUCUUUGGGGGGUUUAAAAGAUGAA